AUGCUUCUCUGUUCUCUCUCUCUCCCCAUUGUAACCACAAGAAUGGAGUCUCUCUUCUCAGCCAUGAUCGCCCUGCUCUUGGUUUCCUUUUCCUGUUUCACCGCUUCAGCUCUCACCAGCAACAAUGGAAACAUCGUAGUCAAAUGGGAUCUCAUGAGCUGGACGCCUGAUGGCUACGUUGCUGUGGUUACAGCUUACAAUAACCAGAAACAACGGUCGAUUCCUUCACCAGGAUGGGAAAUGAGCUGGAGAUGGACCAAAAAGGAGGUUAUCUGGAGCAUGGUCGGUGCGCGAACCACAUACCAAGGAGACUGUUCCAUGUUCAAAGGAAACAUCCCUCACUCCUGUGUUCGCAAACCAACAGUCGUCGAUUUGCCUCCCGGAACUCCUUACAAUCAGCAGGUCGCUAAUUGCUGCAAAGGCGGUGUCUUGAAACCCGGUUUAGAGAGUGCGUUCCAGUUAUCCGUUGGUCUAGCUGGUACCACGAAUAAGACUGCUCGGAUGCCGAAAAGCUUCACGUUCACGGCACCUAAGCAACAGUACAUCUGUGGGCCGGCUAAGAACGUUAGAGCGACGAAGUUUAUAACCGCCGAUGGAAGGAGAGUGACUUCAGCCGUGGCGACCUGGAACAUUACUUGCGUCUUCCACAAGGCAACAUAA